AUGAUGAAGGCAUGGAGAAUUCAUAGUUUUGAUGGUACCUAUGGUAUGAAAAUGGAUGAAAUUUCAGUUCCACAUAUUAAUGAUGAUCAAGUAUUGGUUAAAGUAUCAGCAGUUUCAUUAAACUAUAGAGAUAAAGCAAUAAUGGAUGGAACCUAUGGUAUUAAAUUUGAAAAAGGUUUAAUACCAGUAUCUGAUACUUGUGGCAUAAUUGAAAAAGUUGGAAAAAAUGUAAAGAAAUUUAAAGUUGGUGAUAGAGUUGUAAAUCAUUUCUUAUCUCACUGGAUGGAAGGUGAAGCGAAAAGUAAUGAAGAACAAUUCAGUUAUGGUGGUCCGUUAAAUGGCGGUUUAGCAAAAUACAUUAUUCUUGAUGAAAACUCAUGUUUAAUACCACCAAAACAUUACACAGAUGAAGAAUGCUCAACAUUACCCAUUGCAGCAUGUACAGCGUGGUAUUCGUUAAUGAAUGUCGGUGGAAUUGAAUCAAAAUUAAAAUCAAAUCAAACUGUUUUAAUUCAAGGCACUGGCGGUGUCUCAUUAUUCGCUCUUCAAAUAUCACAUUCAAUUGGUGCAAAAACUAUACUUUUAACAAGUAAUGAAGAAAAAAAAGAAAGAUUAUUAAAAAUGGGUGCCACUCAUGUUAUAAAUUAUAAAACCCAUAAUGAAUGGGAGAAAGAAGUUAUGAAAUUAACAAAUGAUCAAGGUGUAAAUCAUGUACUUGAUGUAGUUGGUGGUGAUUAUAUAAAUAGAUCAAUACGUUGUAGUCAUACACAUGGUCAUAUCUAUAUGAUUGGAUUUUUAAAAGAAUCAAAUGCUAAAAUCAACCUUUUUGAUGCUCUCUUUAAAAGAAUUAACCUACAUGGUAUUGGAGUUUCACCAAAAGAUUCUUUCCAAGAAAUGAUUAAUCAAUUAUCAACAAAUUUCAUCUUUAAACCAGUAAUUGAUACAAUUUAUGAUUUUGAUGAUUCAAUUAAAGCAUUUCAACAUUUAUCAAGAGGUUCAUUUGGUAAAAUUGUUAUAAAAUUAAAUUAA